GGUAAAGCUAAUUUUCAAGUUGGCAAAAAUAUAAAACAAAACAAAUAAUUGUGUUAUCGAUACUUAGGCAGAACCACAAGGGAUAUCGAUAAAUUGAUACAUCUAUUCAUCUAUUCCUAUAUUUAUAUAUUAUCAACAACCCUACCGGCCCACGAUGAACCUGGACAUGUCAGACACAAUUGAGUUCGUUUUGCCCUCCAGGGGCGAAUAUUCUGACGAGGACGAUGGUGGCGGUGGCGUCGUAAGUGGAUCCCGGGUGGUCGGAGUGGGCGGUGUUGGGGUCGUGGAUAGCGACGAUGCCACUACCUACGUGGUGCUGGACGGUCUGGGCAACGAGUACGACGAGGAGUUCCUAAUUAUCAGCGAGGACGGCGUCGAUGGCGAUCUUCUUGUGGACGAAAUGGAAUUUCAGCAGUUCGAAAACUGCCAAGAACUGCUGGUCGCCGGGUCCCCGCGGAUACAAGUUCCCGGCGAUCAGCAGUCGCAAUACCAUCCGGACGAGCUGAGCGAGCAAUUUGUGGUGGCCGAAAUGUCUGAAGUGGAUGAACUGGUGGAAGUGGAUCAGGAUGACUUCGGUCUCGAGUAUAGUGCUCAGGUACCCGAAGAAGAGGAGGAGGAGGAGGAAGAGGAGUUUCCUUCGCCAUCACUCUCCCCGCCGCCAGUUAAGCCGCCUCCAACGAAGCCUUCAACCGCACUGCAAAUCAGCCGUCGCAGUUUCAACGGACACGACGAAGAGGAGGACUUCAAGCACGAAGUGAAGCCUAGCGACAAGAUGCUAGAAGAGUUUAAGGGCCCCCGUCGCUACCUCCUUUUCGACGACCUGAUAGCCACUAUUGUGGAUUUCGACGACGAGAACACGCCCAUCGUCGAGUUCUCAAUGAUCAGCAGUAUCCAGGAUGAGAAGUUGCCGGUGGAGUGUGGAAUCUGUCCCGAUGUGAUGCACAAAUCCAAGCUCUCCAAGCAUCAGAAGACUCACCUGGUGGCGGGGACGAACCGCUAUGCGUGCACCUACUGCUCGGAGACGUAUCGAGACUGCAAGUACCUUGCGGGACAUGCUCGCCGCCACAUGGGUAUCCGGCCGUACGUGUGCGAGGUGUGUAAGCUGUACUUCUCCACAAAGCAGGACUUGCGUGUCCACAACCAGCGUCGUCAUCUCGAGAAGGAGCACAUAUGCGAGAUGUGUGGCAAGACGUUUGCCCAGAACACGCAGCUAAAGCGCCACCGGGAGACGACGCAUGAGAAGAAGCGCCGCUACCAGUGUCAGUAUUGCCACAAGGCCUACUACAAGAACUUCUCCCUGCAGGAGCACAUCCGCAACGUUCACAUGGGCAUGAGGCGCAUGCUUAAGUGCCCCUUCUGUGGCAUGCAGUGUCGCGACGCUCACAAGAUGGCCCGCCACCGCAAGGAGAUGCACCUGAGCCAGGCUUCCUAUGUUUGCCACCUGUGCCACGAAGAGUUCACCGACAUCAACUACUUUGAUGCCCACAAGCGCUCCAUACAGUGUCGCAGCAAUACCCGUCGCAUGGUGGGCGACGAAGAUCCUGAUGUGGAUGCUCCGGGUCUGUUGCAGGGAUCCGGCUCAGUUAUCGGUGACCUGCCGGACGAAGAGGCCCCCUUGGGCCUGUUGGAAGACGAGGAGCUGGUUGAGGAUGCGGGUCUGUUGGUGGUCGACGGCCAGCACCAGCAAGAGGUUCACCACUAUCUGUCCACUGUAGAGGGGGAACCGCACUAUGUUCAGAUAUCAGACUACGACGACCAGCGGCUCCUGGUCGAAAACGUGGUCGUUAAGGACGAUGUCGACGAUGAGGUGGGGGAGGAGCUGCUCACGGAUGAGCAAUACAUCCAGGCUGUUCAACAGCAGCAACUCCAGAUGCAGCAAACCUCCAACCAGAGUCAUCAUUUUAACGACGAGCUGAUAUAUGAAAUCACCCUUAAGACUGAGGACAACUAAGUGCGGCUCCCCCAUUCCCGAAUUCCCCCAUUAUUGGCUCUGAGCUCUAAAUAGGUUCAAUUGCGUACUAUGUAAACAAUUUAUUAUAAACAAUUAUACACAUACAAAUUACA